AUGUCUUGCUACGACCUGUGCUCCACCUCUGCCUGCGGUGUCAUCCGUCCCCAGCCCCUCGCUGACAGCUGCAACGAGCCCUGCGUCCGCCAGUGCCCCGACUCCACCACUGUGAUCCAGCCUCCUCCCACCGUCGUCACCUUCCCCGGCCCCAUCCUCAGCUCCUUCCCCCAGGAUGCAGUUGUGGGAUCUGCUGGAGCACCCGUCCUCGGGGCCUAUGGAGGCUAUGGAGGCUAUGGAGGCCACGGCGGCUACGGCUAUGGGGGCCUUGGGGGCCUGUAUGGCUAUGGGGGUGGAGAUGGCUUCGGUGGUCUGUGUGGCUAUGGGGGUUACAGGGGCCUGUAUGGCUAUGGUAGAUCCUAUGGCUCUGGCUAUUGCAGCCCUUACUGGAACAGGUACGGCCGUGGCAUCUGCGGGCCCUGCUAA